AGUCGCAAAAUGGCAGUGAAACCAGUGUGGUUGUUUUUUGUGCUGUCUUUAGCUCUUGCAGACGAACCUUUUGAAUUUAAUAUAAGUGUACAAGCCUUUAAACCUAAGGGAUUGAAAAUUUCUGUACCAGAUGACCCAAGAAUAGAGUUUGUCCAGUAUGAAGCUGUGUUUUACGACAAAAACUUAGACUACGAUGGAUACACAAGGGACAUUGUGUUCCAAAAGACAAAUGGAAAAUGGCUGAUGGAUAAGCCCAACCUUAUUGUGAACGUAAACGACACCAUCAUGUGUACAUACUUUGUGGCUCAAAAGUUCCACAUCGUCUUCGAUGAUAAUAUAACAGAUGCUUCGUAUAUAACAAAGAUACUGGGCAAAGGAUAUAGUGAUAUGGUCAGUGUAAAGAUACGUGCAUUGGAAGAAAUUAAACCAGUCGUUAAGAAAAAUAAAUGUUUCGGCAUAUCCAAAGUACCUGGGAGAGAUGUAUGUUCUGAUGACGUAAUUUUUGAUGAGAACUUUGACACAUUUCGCGAAGAUUUCUGGAACAUUGAUCAGUAUAUUCCCUAUGAUCAUCCAGAACAUCCCUUCAUAUCGUAUCAGAAGUUGGAAGGUGCUAACUCAACAGUUUUUGUAGAAAAUGGUUCGCUCUAUAUUAGGCCAAAAUUCCAGCAAAACUUACCCGGGUUUGACGAAAGUAGUUUGUACAAGGGGACUUUGGACCUGACCAGUGACUGUACGGGUCGUGUUUGUAAAACUAAAGCCAUGGGGUCAAAUAUUCUACCACCGAUAGUAAGUGGACGGAUAAGAUCUAAAUUUGCAUUCAAAUAUGGUACAGUACAUAUUAGAGCAAAACUACCUAUUGGCGAUUGGCUAUACCCAGAAAUCCUUUUAGAACCGCUACACAAUAAAUAUGGAAGUUUACAUUACUCUUCUGGGAUAUUAAAAAUAGCCAUGGUCAGAGGUAAUACUGAGCUAAAUAAACUAAAGUUCAAUAGUCAGGUAUUAAAAGGAGGUCCCGUUUUGAACUCACAUUGUAGGGGUGCGUUUGAUUUUUACUCUAAAGAAACAUCCGAUGGACGAUCGUGGGGCGAUGACUUUCACAAUUAUUCAGUAACUUGGUCACCAGCAUCAAUAGAACUGGCAGUGGAUGGAAAAACUUGGGUCACAUAUAAACCUGGCUCUGGAGGUCUCAAGUCUUGGCUACCGAGAAACUGCAGAGGGGGCUGGUACAAACUGUUGGACGGUGCUCCCAAAAUGGCACCUUUUGAUGAUUACUUUUACAUUACCUUCGGAGUGGCUGCUGGCGGCUUCUUCGAAUUCCCAGACGAUCUGGUGACUGGUGAUGGAACACCUAAACCGUGGAAGAAUGGCGAUUCCAAAGCGGUCUAUAACUUCUGGGAUAAAAGAGAUGAAUGGAUCGACUCGUGGGAUGAUCCUGAACUAAUUGUAGAUUAUGUUAAAGUUAUAGCUUUAUAAGCGGAAGAAAUAGCUAGAAUAGUUCAGUUUAUUACAGAUA